AUGAUAUUACACCGCGUGGACCCACUCGGGAUCUGCGGGGCAUGGAGGAAUAUACCAAGGAAGUUACUCGAAAAAAGGGUGGUUCAAAUUUUGUGCCAUCAGCUUGCUCCUGACGCGCCGUUGGCUCUCUGUUCCUUCCUCAUGGCUUCCCUCUCUGGCUUCCUCCUCGACAAAAUACCUUAUCGUCUCCCCCCUCAUUUGUAUUCCUAUGUCAAGGGAGUCACCCCGCUGUCGACCGACAUUUCUGUCCUCUCGUCGCUGUCUGCAUACCUCGUCAUCAUCUUCUCCAUUCGGUUCUUCAUGAGGAAUCGUCCGGCUCACAAACUCACUGCGCUUUUCCAAGCUCAUAAUGUUAUCCUGAGCUCAGGCAGCCUUCUCCUCCUCUUGCUUAUGCUGGAAGAAAUUGUACCAAUUAUCUGGAACCAUGGAUUGCAUCACGCUAUGUGUCACGAAGCUGCUUGGACUCCCAAGAUGGAAUUCUACUAUAUGAUCAACUAUUACUUCAAGUACCUCGAACUGUUGGAUACCAUCUUCCUCGCGCUCAAGAAGAAACCUCUCCAGUUCCUCCAUGUCUUCCAUCACUCGGCCACUGCUCUCCUUUGCUAUACCCAGUUGAAUGGCAAGACAAGCAUUUCAUGGACCGUAAUCACCCUCAAUCUCACUGUUCACGUCAUUAUGUACUAUUAUUAUUAUGCGACCGCUGGUGGCAGAAGAUUCUGGUGGAAGAAGUACUUGACGACCAUGCAGAUAGUGCAGUUCAUCAUCGAUCUUUUCAUUGUCUACUUCGGAACCUACGAGCGGAUGGCCUUCAAGUAUUAUCCAUCUCUCCCUUACAUUUCCAACUGCGCUGGCUCCGAGCAAGCUGCUUUAUUCGGCUGCGGGCUCCUGACCAGCUACCUGUUCCUCUUCAUCAACUUCUACUUCCGCACCUAUAAGAAGCCUGUGAAGAGCACUCCUUCGACUGGAGUUGGCAACGGCCACGUGAACGGGAACGGAAAAGCCAACGGAGUGGCCAACGGGCACAAAAAGGACUGA